AUGUCUCUUUAUGGAAUCGAACUUAGUGGUGUCGUGGCCCAAGCCCACAAUAUUGCCCUAAACAAUGUGCGCCACGGAAAGAAAAGCCCCAACUCCAGGAUUUCCCCUAUUUAUAAACUACAACAACAACCACAUUCUCGAUCUUUCCGAUAACUUGCAGACAUCAUCAGCAAUAAUAUACAUUGAAUUGAAUUCUCCGACGAAAUAAGCACGAAUGGCGGUGAAGAAGAGUGUUGGAUCACUGAAAGAAGCAGAUCUUAAAGGGAAGAGAGUAUUCGUGAGAGUUGAUCUGAAUGUCCCAUUGGAUGACAACUUCAACAUCACUGAUGAUACCAGAAUCCGAGCAGCUGUACCUACCAUCAAGUACUUGAUGCAAAAUGGUGCUCGUGUCAUCCUUGCCUCUCAUCUUGGUCGCCCUAAAGGUGUCACUCCAAAGUACAGCUUAAAGCCACUUAUUCCUAGACUUUCAGAACUAUUGGGAGUUGAGGUCAAGAUGGCAAAUGAUUCAGUUGGCCCAGAAGUUGAGAAAUUGGUGGCUGAAAUACCGGAAGGAGGAGUUGUGCUUCUGGAGAAUGUGCGAUUUUAUAAAGAAGAAGAGAAGAAUGACCCCGAGUUUUCCAAGAAGUUGGCAUCUCUUGCAGAUUUGUAUGUCAAUGAUGCAUUUGGAACUGCUCAUAGAGCCCAUGCUUCCACGGAAGGGGUUGCCAAGGUCUUGAAACCAGCCGUUGCUGGAUUCCUUAUGCAGAAGGAACUUGACUAUUUAGUUGGAGCUGUGUCGAAUCCACAGAAGCCAUUUGCUGCUAUUGUUGGUGGUUCAAAAGUAUCAAGUAAGAUUGGUGUUAUAGAGUCACUCUUGGAGAAGGUUGACGUGUUAUUACUCGGUGGAGGAAUGAUCUUUACCUUCUACAAGGCCCAAGGUUACUCUGUUGGAUCAUCACUGGUGGAGGAAGACAAACUCGACUUGGCAACAUCUCUUAUGGAGAAGGCAAAAACAAAAGGGGUAUCUCUAUUGCUUCCUACUGAUGUAGUGAUUGCUGACAAGUUCGCUGCUGAUGCGAACAGCAAGACUGUUCCAGCUUCUGAAAUUCCUGAUGGCUGGAUGGGAUUAGAUAUUGGACCGGAUGCUAUCAAGUCCUUUGGCAGUGCCUUGGAUUCCACCAAGACUAUCAUUUGGAAUGGACCAAUGGGUGUGUUUGAGUUUGACAAGUUUGCUGCUGGAACAGAGGCUAUUGCAAGGAAACUGGCAGAGCUUAGCGGAAAGGGAGUGACAACCAUCAUAGGUGGUGGUGAUUCUGUAGCUGCAGUUGAGAAGGUAGGGCUUGCAGACAAGAUGAGCCACAUAUCAACUGGCGGGGGUGCUAGCUUGGAGCUUUUGGAGGGGAAACAACUUCCUGGGGUGCUUGCCCUAGAUGACGCCUAAGCAAUAUGUGCUCAUGCUUGGUCCUUUUUUUGCACAUUCUGUUAGCUUUCAUGUCUGGAUUUUAAUCUAGAGCGGAUUUGGAUCUGUAGAGUCUUGUAAGAUGAUGGAUCACUGUAAUAAGCACUUUCUGGGCCUCAUUGAGGUACUUUCUCUUGUGAUAAGAGAAUCUAUCAUGGUUGAUAAGUUGAAAUAACUGUUAAAUUGUCAAAUAGUUUUUUGUGGAUUGGAGUUUAUACUUA